AUGGUGAGUGCAGACGCCCCUGCUUCCCGGCGAGUGUGGCCCCAGCGUUUACAGCCAACUGCGAGCCAUAUCGGUGGUUGUGCUGAGCUCAUUUCAACGUUCUUCGGUCCCGCUGGGAAGCCAGACCAAGACAACUUUGGCACAACAUUGAAAAGUGGAUCGAUUCGCCCCACGCACAAACUGGAAGAGGCAACGACUUCAAAUGCUGGACGAGGGCGGCGUGGCGUGCUCCAGCCGAUCGCGCUCGAGAACACGCCCUGUGCGACGGCUUCGCACCCGAGGGCGCUUGCCGCUGAGUCGGCCCAUGAGAACAGCGGACUCUGGGCCGGUGAUCUCGUACUAAGUCCCGGAACAAAGGCGACACUGCAGCGGGCAGCGCUGCUUUCUCGAAAUGCGAACCGAGAAGCACCGAUCCCGGCUAACGACCCUGCUCCGAGUGCUAUGGUGCGUGCGCCAACAGGCCAGUCGGACGCACCGCCCUCACCGCCACCUGAGGAGGACUUCAUCGAUACGUCGGUGGUGGACGACAGCUCCUCUUUGGAGAGCAAUAUGCUCAUCCAGACCACGUCGUUCACACAAACCACUAUAAUUUUAUCGGAGCGCAAACGAAAAACAACCAGAAACCGUAACGAAUCUCCUCAGCGAACGCACAAUGGGUGUGAAAAUGUCAGGCUAUCCCAGCAAGAUUUUCAAGCAGCACAAAUCCUCAAGGAUCAGAACAAGAGCGAUCAUACGAACAGCUUGGCGGUGACAAUCGGUGACUCGAGCGCCCCGUCUUUGACUGGCAUCAGCAGCCCGGGUCGUCCCGACACGCUGGAGCAGCCCAGUCUGGGUGACAAAAAAGAGGGUUCCAACCGCCUGGAACGCACCAAGGAGACGCUCAAUGCCACAGCCGAUAUGUCUGCGAUUCUUGCUGUUCACGCAGGAUUGGUUCAAAAGUACGCCAACAUGCCGCCAUGUGACAGCGAUGCCCUGACACGUGCGAAACACAACGAGUCCGAAUUCUUGAUGGACAACAGCAUCGCUGCGAAGCAAGAGAGCUGUCUGUCCACAAUGUCGCCAAUGCUGCACGGCAAUGCUGUACACACGGUAUCGGCUGCAUGGGGCGCGUCACCGGUAGUUUUCUGGGAGUCAUCGGCGCUGCGCAGUCGCAGGGAGUCCCGCGGCCCGCUUACAAUCCUGACGUGGAGAAGCAGGCAGCAACUGCGUGAUAACAAGCUUGCUCUUGCCCAGGUUUCACCGGACGCCGUGCUCAAUGCACGUGCGCCUGUCGCAAGUUCAACGUCAUCGGACGGUAUAGCGCCGCUCUCUGGAGUCGCCCUGGACGCAACGCAUCACGUUCAGCGUGUGGAAGUUGCUCGGAGCGCGAACCUGGCGCCGACGAGUGCAGUCCACGUUUCCGUUCCGCGACGUGUUGCGCAGGUGGUGUCGAGUCCAGCAGAUGCUUCGCCACCAGAAGAGCGCCGACGAGACCGCAGCAGAAAAACGCUUGAGCGGCGUACCGGGUACCUCGCGGACGAGUACGGCAGCGAGGCAGUUGCAGCACUGACGCUUGCACCAGCAGCCGUGACCGAGGAUCAGGAACACGGUCUCGAUCAUGAAACUUACGGGCACACCAAGACUGACCGCAUUCCAGUGCAGAAGCGGCAAGGCGCUUCGGCUGUGGCCCUGAAGUCCCAUGGCGGCAUUGUGCGGCGACCCGAGGUCUGCACGAACGCCGACGCCCCUGCAAACAAGCGCAGUGGACUUGCACUGCCAGCGACCCGCGGGUUUCCAGAGCGCACGUCCGAUGCAGCCGAACCCGUACGCAAUAGGGAUCUGUCACCUCGCGCUUGCAAAGACGGAACCAAAGACCCUGUAUCCAGCCCCAGAGGCCGUGCAUUGCAAAGGCAUCGAGCACUGGAGCCGUUAACCCUUCCGCCGCAGGUCUCUAGCGCAGCGCAGAAGACUUGCAUUCCUCCCAAGACAUACCAAGGUUUGCCACCCAGAAUAUCAAGACGUCCUCCAGGGGAUGAAAGAGCGCCACCGCGCUUGCCAGCGUUCUCAAAGCACCUUGAGCAUGAACGCUAUCGAGCCUCGGCUGAACAAGCGCUGUAUCGAGUGAGCGUCGACGCGGCUGCUGCGCGUGAGCGGCCUCCACCACGACGCCAUACGCUACCCCCAGGGGCGGCGCACCGACCGCCCACGGUCGCAAAGACGCCGCACUUGGAAACAGAGCGGCGGGCGAGACUCCGAGCUGCCGCCGAUGCCGCCGCCAAAGCUGCUUCCAUUCAUCAAAGUCGCACUCAGGGUGCGCGUGAAACGCAGAAACCCGCAAACAGCUGGAAACCGCGCAUCACCGUGCCGCAGACCCCAAACGUGCUCCGCCAUACGAGUGUCUGCCGACGCGAGCGCCCAAAAACUAAGGAGGAAAUGGAUCUGGAGGAAAUGGAGCGAGGUCGACAGGCAAUCCUACGAAUGCGGGAAGCAAACGAGCGUUCCCGCCGAAGAUGCCUCCGCGUUCAAACGUGCACCGUUUACAGAGGAGCAUUAGACGAGCAAGUCAUGCACGGAUCCGACGACUGUGCCAGUGCGGCACCAGGCAUGAGCGGGCAGUCCUCGCGUGCACGCUCCGUGGGAACGGGGGCACUAUUCCCGCCGUGGUUCGACAAGCCUUCGACGCCUGAACCUCGAAGGCGCACCAUGCCGGCCCCGAGCGACACCACCUACCGCACAGCCUCUCCGCUAGAUGCCAACUGGCAGACGUCCUCUCCGACGAAAUGCGCACAUCCAGCAGCACCAAGCACCCUGGGGUUAUUCCGCAAAUGGAGAUCGUAA